GGGUUUGCUGAGGUCUUCAUCAAAUCAUUGUGCUGAACUCUCCUAACAAACAGUGAGUGAUGGUUUGGAGCCUGUAGGAUGAUUCUCUUUGAGUUAAAAGUCCUGAAAAAAGCCUCAAUAAUGUGCUUUAAAAUAAAAAAAAGUCACAUUUAUGCCUCUAAAGCUAUUUAAGGAAAUGUUAUGGGAGGAAGACAGAAAAGGGGAAUUUGCUUUGGAAUUUUCCCAAAGGCUGCACUGGACUCGCACACCAACCCUGAAGUCAGUAGAUGCUGCUGAUAGACUGGAAGCUGCACAUAAACACAUGAGAAGAUGAAAAACCUAAUUAAGGGUGUUCACCCUUUUGCUGCGCACACACAUGCACACACACACACACACACAUGCACACACACACGUGCACGGAGUGAGCUCUGUUAAAUGUUUCCUGUCUGAACUCAGAGCGUGCUCAUGCUGAAGUCCAUGUUGCCUGCUGUCUGCGUUCGUUUGGUUUGUUUGUGAGGAAACGGAGAUAAAGACUCAACAGGAGCAGAGAAGGGGAGCAUCUCCAGACACUGAAGGAUCAGGAGAGUGAGGGUCUCCGUCCGGCUCGGAUGAGGGUUGUCGGUCCUCCGUCAUGGACUCUCUGCCGUCAUUUGCGUCCGCGGUUGUGUCCUCCACGGCCAACCUGCUGAGGGAGAGCGCUGCCGUUCAGAGCAUUACCAAGAGGCUGAGCGGGAGAACCAUGUCAUCUCCAGAGGUGUGCUGGCCCAUGCCAAUGCGAGCCAUCGGGGCUCAGAACCUCCUCACCAUGCCGGGGGGAGUUUCCAGCGCGGGAUACCUGCACAAGAAGGGGGGCAGCCAGUUCAGCCUGAUGAAAUGGCCUCUGAGGUACAUCAUCAUCCACAAAGGCUGUGUGUACUACUUUAAGAGCAGCACCUCUGCUGCGCCUCAGGGGGCCUUCUCUCUCAACGGCUAUAACAGAGUGAUGAGAGCAGCGGAAGAGACAACGUCCAGCAACGUCUUUCCCUUCAAGCUGGUUCACUUCAGUAAGAGACACCGGACGUGGUACUUCUCUGCUGCCAGCGAGAACGAGAGAAGGAAAUGGAUGAGGCACCUGCGUAGGGAAAUCGAUCACUAUAAUGACAGGAAAGAGUCCCAGAUCCCCAGUGACUCCGACUCGGAUGCGGACAGCUUCUACGGCACCAUCGAGCGGCCGAUGGACCUCAGUCAUAACUUUGACCCGGAAGACUUCGGCAGGGGCUAUGAUGAAGACGACGAUGAAGAUGAGGAAGACUAUCUAAAGCCAGACGAAGACACCUCGCCGACCAGCACAGGUCGACCGACAGGGCCCCCCCCUUCCUACCCUCCCCCACCAGUGCCAGCAGGCUACCUGCCCCAUCAGGAUGCCCUCUCAGCUUCCCACAAAAACCUGGCUCCACCGCUGCAAAACACGGGCCCCCCCAGCACCCUGCACAAGAAGCCCCCGCCUUCCCCGCCUCCACCAUUUUCUCACAAGGACUCAGAGAGAGGUCCACCCCCUCCACUACCUUUUGCCCCUCACCUGCACAAGCCCCCGUCUGGCUCACCACCCCCUCCUCCCCCUCCCCCGGCCAGUGCAAAGAGGGCCCUUCAGAGCCGGGCGACUUCUGUCGGGGGGGGAGGCAGCAGAGAGCGGAGGCCCCAGUCCGCACUGUCCAUCCAGUCGCCCGCCACGCUGCCCAUCUGUAACCAGCUGGAGUCCAGGCUGUGCCUGAACGGUCCCGCCCACGGAGGGGGGCAGUUCCAGGGAGGCCACUGUCUCCGGGGCAGACCCAGUGGAACCCCAACCCAAUCUGCAAACACCGCGGGACCCAGUUUUUCUUCCAGUAACCCCUCCCUGCCUGGAAAACCCUCCGUCUCUCCCCUGCUCAAAACGGGACUUCACAAUAAAAUUGGGAAGCCCAACCCCCCCCCUCCCACCACCAAACCCCCACUGCCUGCACUCAAGCCCCCCUUUGGAACCCCCUUCCAAAGACUGUCACCGGAAGGCCAGAGUUUCCGGUCGCAGGGAGAGGAGGUUCCUCCGGACUUCAGGACGAAACGAGACUGGGACAAACCCGGCGGAGGAGACGACUCUGAUGACGACUAUGAGAACGUGCAGCUCCCAGACUCUGUGUUCAUCGAUUCAACUGAAACCAGCUUUGUGGAAAAGUUAUUCAAAGAUGAGCCCAUUCCUCCACAAGAUGGGCUGUACGGAAUCAGAAAUUCAGGAACUAAAACAUCAAAGGUGCUGGUGGUGUGGGACACCAGUAUAGGCAAAGCCAGGAACUACAGGCUCUUUGAAGAAAACGGCUGCACAUUUCUGGAAAGUGAAUUGACCUUCCCCAACCUGUCAGCUCUGAUCGAACACUACCACUCCAAUCCUCUUCCUCACCAUGGCUCCCUCUGCCUGCAGAAGCCCUAUUCAAAGACAUUGAGCUUCUGAGCGUGUGCGGCGGGCCUGGAUGUAACCGAAACACACGCAGUCCGUCUGUCACUCUGUGGGGGGCGUCAAAGCCACCCUUUUUUUUUAAAUGGAUGUGUUUUUUUCAAUGAUAAAAGUAACUUAUGAAACAUUUUUAAACCAAACCACAAAGCUAUAAAUGUCAACAAAACGCCUCUCGUUCACUUAAAGAGUUCUGAUCAGUUUGGGUUUUUUUACACACUCCUCUGCUGAACACGCUGGUAAUCUGUAGAAAAUGCAGGGAGGGCUGUUCUGCCCACAAGGGGGCGCUGUGGACUAGAGGACUGAGGUCAACCACAGCCCCACACCUCUCUACUUUUGCAUCAAACAAGUGAGAAAUCAAAUGAUGUGUGCAGCUUGAUGGUGCCAAGUAUUGAAGCAGAAAUAUGAGAGCAGUAAGUCCAUCGCUCCACAUCCUCCUCGACUAACUGACUGUCCAAAGCCAUCAGUCCUGCAGCAAUGACCUUCAGUCCUGCAGCAAGGACCUUCGGUCCUGCAGCAAUGACCUUCAUUCCUGCAGCAAUGACCUUCGGUCCUGCAGCAAGAACCUUCAUUCCUGCAGCAAUGACCUUCGGUCCUGCAGCAAGAACCUUCAGUCCUGCAGCAAGGACCUUCGGUCCUGCAGCAAGAACCUUCAGUCCUGCAGCAAGGACCUUCGGUCCUGCAGCAAUGACCUUCAUUCCUGCAGCAAUGACCUUCAGUCCUGCAGCAAUGACCUUCGGUCCUGCAGCAAUGACCAUCAGUCCUGCAUCAAUGACCUUCAGUCCUGCAGCAAUGACCUUCAGUCCUGCAGCAAUGACCUUCGGUCCUGCAGCAAUGACCAUCAGUCCUGCAUCAAUGACCUUCAGUCCUGCAGCAAUGACCUUCAGUCCUGCAGCAAUGACCAUCAGUCCUGCAUCAAUGACCUUCAGUCCUGCAGCAAUGACCUUCGGUCCCACAGCAAGGACCUCAGAAACACGGUGAAGGAAGAAACACAAAGGGGUGUAUCUUCAAACAUUCAAACAAACACUUUGAGGUUCAAUUGUCCACAAAUAUAGAUUUAUAUUUUCUUUCUGGUGUAUUAAUGCAUCAGAUAAAAAAACAAAUUGAUAAAAAUCUGACAUAUCAUAAAAUUUUUUGAGAAGAAAAGUAGAUCUGUUCUAAUGGAUUCUAAAAAGACCCAAACUAAAUGAUAACAGUUAUGAAUUCACCCAGAACUGAGCCAGAAAUGAUCUUCUGCAUUGUUUUUCAUGAAAGAAAUUUUGUUCAGCACUUAACUUUAACCUAUGAUAUAUUAUUUUGUUAUAUUUAUGUGUACAUUUUAUGUAAGUAUUAUAUAAAAAAAAUUCUGUACAAAAUGUAAAUAUACUUUUUUUUUACAAAGUAUAAGUUGAACUUAUAUAAAGAAUACCAUAAAACCA